UGCUGCGGCCGUCAUGGAUCGCAGUUGAAUCGUCGUGGGCCGUUUUUAUGGCGUGUAAACUGUCUAAAGUUUCAAUUAAAAAUUCAUUAAUUUCGCUUUUAUUUAAAAAUUGUUCAGUAGAGUAGUUUUAACAUAUAAUAAAACUUAAUUUAAUAACUUUACCGUGAAGAUGGCUGUGAACGUGUGUUUUUGUGUUAAACUGUCCCCUAACAAAAAAUCGAUUUUUGGAUUGAGAAUGAAGAGCCAAAUAUUGUAUUUGGUGUUGUUUGCCAGUUUAUUGGCCAUUACUUCUGCCGCGAACCCGGAAACAUCUUGUGCUAAUGUGAGAAGUAUUUUUGCAAAGAAAGGAAUGUUGUCGAUUGUUGAGUUGGUGACCGAACAACCGAAUUCAGACGCGGACGCGCUGUGUCCCAACAAAGGCUGUUGCGGAGCAGGCUCGAGGCCUCAGCUGACUCAGCACGCGCGGCUACAAUUAGAGGGGGCGGUGCGAAGUGAACUCAACAAGCUGGCUGAAAUACUGUCCACGAGGGCUAAGAGGUUUGACGAGUUCUUCCGCAAACUGCUAAUGCUCUCCCGAGAGGAGUUCCACGCCAUGUUCAAGCGCACGUACGGCAUGAUCUACGAGCAACACUCUUACGUCUUCGUGCAGCUGUUCGAACAGCUGGAGAGAUAUUACACCCGCGGCGACACCGACUUCGAUGAAAUGAUGGACGGUUUCUUCGGCAUCCUGUACCAAAAGAUGUUCACCGUGCUCAACGCGCAGUAUACCUUCGACGAGAAGUAUUUGAAAUGCGUGAACGAGCACAUGAGAGACAUACAGCCGUUCGAGGACGUGCCUUCCAAGCUGUCGGUGCAGCUCCGACGCGCCUUCGUCGCCACUCGCACCUUCCACAAAGCGCUGCGGGCUGGCUCCGAGGUAGUCAGGAAUAUGAUGCAGACGGGGGUGACCCAAGAAUGUGUAACUGCCUGGGCUCGACUACGAUUCUGCGGCACUUGCGCCGCCCAGCAACCGCCCGCGUGCAGUCGGUACUGCCACAACGUGAUCAAGGGCUGUCUACCCACGCACGCGGACCUGGGCGAGCAUUGGGACUCUUAUGUUGAUGCCGUAGAAAAGGUGGCAGAUCGCCUGCUCGGGCCAUUCAACAUUGCGAUGGUAGUUGAACCCAUCGACAUAAAAAUAUCCGAAGCCAUCAUGAGCUUCCAGGAGCGUAACCAGGAGAUCUCGCAGAAAAUCUUCUCCGGUUGCGGAACACCAGUACUGGGCGGGGGCGGCAGCACGGGGCCCUUCUUCGCCCCCGAGAGAAGCCGGCGCUUCGCCCGCUCCAUACCAGACUUCGAUUGGAUGCAGAAGUCCAACGAUGUCGACGAUUUUGAGAUCGAGGCCAAUUUCGAGGGUCUCGUGAACGACGACCCGUCGCAAAGUAGCCUUUGGACGGCAAAAGGUAUUCGGAAAGCGACGGAAGAAUUGGCGGAACAAGCCAAAUCGAGGACACGUUUCCUCCAGUACAUGAGAGGACAGAUCAAAUUGAAGGAAUUCGAAGAGCACGAGAGGAGAAAAAGGGAUGCUGACCCGGAACCAGCGCCCGGUAAUUCAGAUAUCGACUUCAAAGGAUACGACUUCGAUGGAAAGCGGGGAUCUAAAAAGAAGAAGCCUACCAGUAGUAAAGCUGAGGAAAGCCAUGGUGCGGAAUCAGGUCCUGCGCUGGAAAAACUCGUACGGGAAACCAGAGCGCGUGUUCGAGCGUCAAGAAACUACUGGCUACACCUCCCCGCCGUGCUGUGCACACCUAUCAGCAUCACCACCGCGCCCUGCUUCAACGGCUCGCACGUCGCAAGCUACACAUCGAUAGCGGCUGGAGACGGUAGCGCAGCGCUGGCCUCCAACCCGGAGCUACGCACCCCUCCCGCGCCCGCCUCCCCCGCGGCCACCGUGGAGGCCCUGCGAGCACUCACCGCUCGCCUCAAGGACGCGUACAACGGCGUCGAGGUGCAGUGGAAAGAUACCGCUGAAGACCUGCAGGCGGCGGCAGCGUCGGCCAACGAGUUCGUGGACAGCGGCGGUUCGGGCUCCGGCUCCGGGGACGACACCAAUGACAACGACGACCUGCCUGAUGACGACGAGGACCGGGACGCCGGCAAUGACUACCCUGAGGGUUCCGGGGACGGCAGGCAGCCGGACAUAGCGACGACGCAAACAGAAUCGGAAAACCCUCCUCCGCCACCACCAGUUCCAGAAGAGCCGUUCGUGCCAAGCAUUAUCGACACACCCGGUACCAACAACGUCCGGUCGGGGAUAAUGGACACCCCGUUGGAGGAGGACCUGCCGAGCGACACGAGCGGGCGGGCCGGUACCGAUCCGGCUUUAGAGGAAGCGGUGGCCGGCUCCGCGGACCGGCCGUCUUUGCAGAACGCGCUAUUCACCUACGCGCUGCCAGUAGUCUGCGCGUGGUUCGGAACUAUUGUCACAGAUCUAUUCUAAAUUUCUCAAUCAACGCAUUGGCGACGUCAUGUUCUCGCUUAGCAUCAUAAUAAUUUAUUAUACCAUAGUUCGCACAUAUCUGAGGGGCCAUCCGUAAUUUACGUCACACGUUAAGAGAGGUCGAUAAAGUGUGACAUUGUGUGACAGGGGUUAGGAAGGGGUUCGGGGGGAAAAUCAUGAUAUUCUUGUGACGUAAUUUACGGAUUGUCCAUAAUAAGAAACACUAUUUAUUUCGUCGACAUAUCUUGCUAAGAACGUCCUUAAUAAACGCGGUUGUAGAGCAAAUUGACGUACAGACUUUUUUUUUAAAUAUGUAUAGUCCAAUAUGACGUAACGUAAAAAAUAUCUAUAGUCCGAAAAGUUAUGAAUAGUCAAUUUGGUUAUCAUUGAAUAAUUGAAUGAUUCAAUUGUAUUUGUGAGGAUUGAAAAAUGCAGACAGAUAAAAGCAUAAGUAUUUUUAUAAGAAAACGAAAAUAAAAUUAUUAUAUUGUUUAAAUUUCAAAUGCAGAAUAUAUCUAAUAGUGUGUAAUAACCUAUUGAUUAUUUUUAUUCGUUAUUCGUCACGUCAAUUUACAGAAACUAGCAAUUUAUCUGUUACUAUUACACGUUUAUUAAUAAAACGCCAUUAGUAAGUAAUGUUCGGUAAUGCGAAACGUGACGUCACCAUUUCGAUGAGAGUUCAUGAAAAGUUAGAGCCUAGUCAGUGCGAGUGACGGUGUAGUGGGCGAGCUUUGAAUAGCGAACGCUCCUGUGAUAUGAAACGAGUGGACAGUUACUAAAACGGUUGGACUACAGACUCUCAACAAAUUAAAAAAAAAAAAAAGAAAAAUAUUUACACAGUGAAUUGUGUAGUGUUAAUUUAUUUUCUUAAAUGGACUAUUCCGUUGUCGAGGAAUAAGUGGUCGACAAUAACAGUGAAUUUAAUUAUUAUAACAUAUCCUUUUUUUUAUAUUUUCUCAUUAAUGUCAUAAUUAGGUCGCAAUCGAAACGUUUUAGGAAAAAAAAAGAUGACAGCCAAAUCUUGUAUUUAUUUAAAUGAUCUUGUAAAUAUUAAAUGUAAAUUAUGAUCGGAUUAGAUAGCGAAUGUUUUUGGUUCACAUACAGAUUUAUGUAUGGAAUUUUAUGGGUUUUUUGUCCCCUGCGCGUUGUAUUUUUUAUCAUACUCACUUUAACCUCACGGUUACAAGUGACAGAGAUAUAUAAUUUAAGUCUUUAGAUGCAUCUUCAGAUUUUUUUUAUCCUCGGCUGUAUAGUCAUUGACCUUUGCAUUUUACUACGGGAAGUAUAAAAAAAACAAGUUUUUUUUAGGACGCAUCUAACGAAUUAAAUUUUGUAGAUUUUAUAACUUGGAUGAGUUUCAUUGUAAAUAAUCUUG